AUGGCGGUCCUGGCUCGGGAGCUGGGGUUACACUUAGUUGUCUCGGUAGGCAGCGGCGUCACCCGAAUCCGCCCUGGAGAUCGCGUCUUCGGUCUUUAUCGCAGUACAUCAGCUGCUGUCAACGACCCUGCCCAAGGCGCAUUCCAAAGUUAUACUGAAGACCUGACCUCGAAUAUCACAACUUCAGAGACCCCAUACCCAGAAGCCUCUCUCUUUCCCUUGGCAAUGUUGACGGCUUCUUCUGCACUGUUUGACAGGGCGCAGCUCGGUCUCUACCUUCCAGAGCAGCAGGCAAGGCCAUCUUCUGGCAAGGCAGUUAUCAUAUGGGGUGGAUCUUCCAGCGUUGGGUGCUGCGCUAUCCAGCUUGCUGUCGCCGCCGGGUACGAGGUAUAUAUUCCCGCUUCGACACACAACCAUGCCUUGAUGCAAAAAAUAGGCGCUACACACGCAUGA